AGCUGUCGUCGACUUGAUCGUUCCCACCUUGCAUCCGUCGCGUCUAGUGCUCGGUUUCUGGGAAGGCCGCCGGCGGGACGGGUUUAGCUUGCCGUGCCUGGGAGAUUUCUUCGGGCCAGGAGUUAAAGAAAAGGCAGAGCGAGGACCGAGCCGUGGAUGAGAAGCCGGAGAGCGGCGACUUGGAAGCUGCCGACUUCUCCGCGAGAAGUGGCCGCCGUCGCCGCUGCUGCUGCUUUGGAGAAGGAACGGGAGACGCGGGGAACGACAACUGGAGACAAAGCGAAGGGCGGGAGGAACCUCUCGCUGGGACAUCUCAACACCGAGCCCGGAUGUGGCUUUGAUCCUUUUGGGGAGGAAAGAGCUUUGGGGUGCCGUCCCAAACAGCGACCUCGCCGCCGCUCUUUUUCCUUUGUGCACCGCUAGGAGAGGCGACAGCAGAUCGGGGGGGGGGGGGGUUGGCCAACAGGGCAGCCCAGGGGUUCUCGCAACCUCUGGCGACCAGGAACCAGCCCCUGCCCGUCUUAAGGGUAGUGUCGGGCGAAAGGGUGGGCGUGUUGGGGAAAAAGGCAAGAAAGACCGGCCGAUGACAGUUUUCUCUUCCUUGGCCAAGAUGGGGCGCUGAGAACCCGCUUGCGCCCCUUUUCGUGUCGGAUCCGGCGAUUCCUGCUCUCGCCGCGCCCUGUCAUUGAUGGGAAAUCAACUGGAUCGCAUCACUCACCUGAGUUACAGCGAGCUGCCGACCGGGGACCCCUCGGGGAUCGAGAAAGACGAGCUGCGCGUCGGAGUGGCAUACUUCUUCUCGGACGAGGAGGAGGAUCUGGACGAGCGAGGGCAGCCGGACAAGUACUGCGUGAAGGGGUCGAGCAGCCCUGCCCAAGAGUCCCCCACCCGCCACCACCACCACCACCACCACGCGCCGCAGCUGGUGCUGAGCGAGACCCAGUUCUCCGCCUUCCGCGGCCAGGAAUGCAUCUUCUCCAAGGUGAGCGGAGACUCCCAGACUGGGGAUUUGAGCGUCUAUCCGGCGUCAGCCCUGCCGGCUCUGUGCAAGCCGGGAGACCUGCUGGAGCUGCUCUACCUGGGCCCGUCCGACCACCCUCCGCCGCCCCCGCAGUGGGCAGUGUAUGUGGGCAACGCUCAGAUCAUCCACUUGCACCAGGGCCAGAUUCGGCAGGACAGCUUGUACGAGGCGGCCCCCGGCAACGUGGGCCGGGUGGUGAGUAGCUGGUACCGCUUCCGCCCCCUAGUGGCCGAGCUGGUAGUGCAGAACGCCUGCAGCCACCUGGGCUUAAAAAGCCACGAGAUCUGCUGGACGAACUCGGAGAGCUUCGCCGCUUGGUGCCGCUUCGGCAAACGGGAGUUCAAAGCGGGCGGCGAGCUCCAGCCGGCCUCGGGCUCUCAGCCUCAGCAGCAGUACUAUCUCAAGAUCCACCUGGCAGACAACAAGGGCCACACGGUGCGGUUCCAAAGCUUGGAGGACCUCAUUAGAGAGAAGCGCAGGAUCGAUGCCAGCGGUAAACUGAGGGUGAUCCAAGAGCUGGCGAUCGUGGAUGGCAAAGAAUAAAAAGCGGAGCAGGCGCGAGGGGGGAGGGAGGGAGAAGGGAGACCGGCCGUGGCCAGAUCGGCAAGCACCACCGUCCUCCCUGCAGACUCGCUCCGCCGCCUGGUUGCUCGGCUUCUUCCGCCUUUCCUCCUCCGGUCUUUCCCAUGGAGGGAAAACCACGGCCAUAUUCCAAACGAAACCAGCGGCUGCCCUUCCCUUGGCCUCGGCCAGAGGUUGGUUCGCCUCCCACGAACAGGGAUCGUCGUCACCAUGAGCCCGGCGACCCGGAGGGUGGGGUGGAGAGGGGUGGGGCCCGCCACGCGAUGAGCAAAGUCUGGACAAAGUCACUCGGGGCUAUCCGUGUUCAUUAUACUUCCCAUCCUGCUUAAAUAAAAAUGUUUUAUGAAAAACAUUACCCCCCCCUUUUUUAUAAAAAAAAAAA